GCCGAUUUCACUACUAGAUCUCAAGUGACUCUUGAAGAACGGCAAGUUGGAUCUUGCUGUGUUCUCAUUUCACCCAAGACCUUUGGCUAGAUCAGAACAUAAAAAAUUCAUUUCAAAAAGUGAUACUGAGAAGAUAUGAGAAAUGUAGACAAGAGAAUUUACAAAUAAGAAAAGGCUGUAAAAGUUUGAAUGCAUCUAAGUUGCAGGAAGGAGGUUAUAAUGGACUUAACCAAUGUUUGUUGGUUACUCAGAGCAAAAUACUUCAAUGUAAUACAUGUGUGAAAGUCUUUAGGAAAUUUUCAAAUUCAAAUAGACUUAGGAGAAGACAUACUGGAGAGAAACCUUUCAAAUGUAAAGAAUGUGGCCAAUUCUUUCACAGGUUCUCACACCUAAGACAGCAUGAGAUAAUUCAUACUGAAGAGAAACCCUACCAACAUGAAGAAUGUGGCAAAGAUUUUAAGCAGUCUUCAGGUCUUACUAUACAUGAGAGAAUUCAUACUAAAGAGAGACCCUGCAAGUGUGAAGAAUGUGACAAAGCCUUUAAACAAUCUUCACAACUGAAUAAACAUAAGAAAAUUUAUACUGGAGAUACAACCUACAAAUGUGAAGAAUGUGGCAAAGCCUUUUCCUAUUCCUCAACCCUUACUCAACAUAACAUAGUUCAUACUGAAGACAAACCCUACAAAUGUGAAGACUGUGGCAAAGCUUUGAAGUAGUCUUCAAACCUGACUAUACGUAAGAUUAUUCAUAUGGGAGAGAAACCCUACAAAUGUGAUGAAUGUGGCAAAGCCUUUAGAAUAUCCUCAAAACUGAAAGAACAUAAAAGAAUUCAUACUUGAGAGAAACCCUAUAAAUAUGAAGAAUGUGGCAAAACUUUUUACUGUUCCUCAGGCCUUACUCAACAUAACAUAGUUCAUACUGGAGACAAACCCUACAAAUGUAAAGAUUUUGGCAAAAUUUUUAAGUGGUUUUCAGACCUUACUAUACAUCAGAGAAUUCAUAGUGGAGAGAAACCCUACAAAUUUGAAGAAUGUGGCAAAGCCUUUAAACAAUCCUCAAAACUGAAUGAACAUAUGAGAACUCAUACUGGAGAGAAAUCCUACAAACGCAAAGAAUGUGGCAAAGCUUUUAAGCAACCUUCAGGCCUUACUCUACAUAAGAGAAUUCAUACUGCAGAGAACCCUUACAAAUUCGAAGAAUGUGGUAAAGCCUUUUAUUGGUUGUUAAGCUUUACUAAACAUAAUUCAUAGGGGAGAGAAACCCUACAAAUGUCAAGAAUGUGGCAAAGCUUUUAAGUGGUCUUCAAACCUUACUAUACACAAGAGAAUUCAUACGGGAGAGAAACCCUGCAAAUGUGAAGAAUGUGGCAAAGCUUGUAAGCAGUCUUUGGGCCUUACUAUACAAAAGAGAAUUCAUACUGAAGAGAAACCCUACAAAUGUGAAGAAUGUGGUAAAGCCUUUUACUGGUCCUUAAGCUUUACUAAACAUAAGAUAGUUCAUACUGGAGAGAAGCACUACAAAUGUCAAGAAUACGUCAAAGCUUUUAAGUGUCUUCAAACCUUACUAUACAUAAGAGAAUUCAUACUGGAGAGAAACCCUACAAUUGUGAAAAAUGUGGCAAAGCCUUUUACUGUUCCUCACACCUUAUUCAACAUAACAUAGUUCAUACUGAAGAGAAACACUACAAAUGUCAAGAAUGUGGCAAAGCUUUUAAGAAGUCUUUAGACCUUAAUGUACAUAAGAUAAUUCAUAGUGGAGAGAAACCCUACAGAUAUGAAGAAUGUGGCAGUCUUUAAACAAUCCUCAAACCUGAAUGAACGUAAGAUAACUCAUAGUGGAGAGGAAUCCUACAAAUGUGAAGAAUGUGGCAAAGGCUUUAAACAAUCCUCAAACCUGAAUGAACAUAAGAUAACUCAUAGUGGAGAGGAAUCCUACAAAUGCGAAGAAUGUGGCAAAGGCUUUUACUGUUCCUCAAGCCUUACUAAGCAUAAGAUAGUUCAUACUGAAGAGAAACCAUACAAAUAUGAAGAAUGUGGCAAAGCUUUUAAGUGGUCCUCUGAACUUACUAUACAUCAGAGAAUUCAUACUGAAGAGAAACCCUAUAAAUGUGAAGAAUGUAUCAGAGUCUUUAAACACUCCUCAAAACUGAAUGAACAUAAGAGAAAUCAUACUGGAGAGAAACCCUACAAAUGUGAAGCAUGCGGCAAAGCUUUUUAAGCAGUCUUCAGGCCUUACUAUACAUAAAAGAAUUCAUACUGGAGAGGAAUCCAGAAAUGUGAAGAAUGUUGCAAAACCUUUUACUGGUCUUUAAGCUUUACUAAACAUAAGAGAGUUCAUACUGGAGAGAUACCCUACAAAUGUCAAGAAUGUGGCAAAACUUUUUCUUGUUCCUCAAGUUUACUUAACAUAAGAGGGUUCAUACUGAAGAGAAAUCCCACAAAUGUAAAGAAUGUGGGAAAGCCUUUAACCAGUCCUUAAGCCUUACUAAACUUAUGAGAAUUCAUACUGGAAAAAAAUCAUACAAAUCGGAAGACUGUGGCAAAAUCUUUUAAGUAUUGCUCAAAUAUAUCCAGCCAUAAUUCAUACUAAAGAUUAUGCCUAUGAACCUAAGGAAGUUUGGCAAAGCUUAUGAAUACACCUCAAACUUUCCUAAGCAUUGGAGAAAUACCAGUGAGAAACCUCAGAAAACUGAACAAUGUGGCAAGCCCUUUAAAUGGUUGUCACAUCUUACUGUAGGUAAAAUAAUUGAUAGUGGAGAAAAUCUCUACAAACAAAGAAUGUGUCAAAACUUCUAACAUGCUCAUACUUUAUGGCACAUAAAAGCGUUUAUACUUGAAAAAUUAUACAGAGUGUGGAAAAGCCAUUUCUAUCUGUUCACAUCAUAGUCAACAUCAGGAAGUUCAUACUUAAUAAAAUUAUUAUAAAUGUAAUUACUGUUGAAAGACCUUGGAAAAUAUAAACCCUUAAAAUAAAAAAGAGUAUUCUGGAGACAAACAUUACAAAUAUAAAGAGGGUUGUAAUACCUUUACUUGCCCUAUAUAAUGUACAGAUUUUACACUAGAAGAAAACUCUAAAGGAAUUACUCAAACUUGUUUGGCAUCAGAGAAUUUAUGUUGAAGGAAACCAUACAAAUGUAAUAAAUGUGGAAAAACAUUUGUUCAGAAACUACAGCUUACAAAACACCACACAGUUUAUAAUAAAAUAUAUUUUUGCAGAUGGAAUACAUGUGUAAAAAUAUUUAGUCAAAAUUAAGUCUUUGUAAACUUUAGAAAAUUCACAGUAGGGAGAACUAAGGCACUGGCACUUAAGACGUUACACUAAAUCAGAAUGUUCUGUAAAGAAAGUAAUCCAAAGCUAAAACUGUUGGAUAAUUUAUUUGUAUAUAAGUUUAAGAGGAGUGGAAGGUUAUUUUUUGGAGAGUUAUAAUUACAUUCAAGGUAUACGUUUUUCCUUGAAAAAAAUGUAAAUUUUUUGAAAAGCAAGUAGGUAAUUCAAGUGUAAAAUUGCUUCAUGCUGUUCCUUUUUUCCUGUUGUUUGUGUAAAAGCAUGUCAUCAAUUUCUGUUGCAUCAGAAAUCUGAGAGAUUCCUUUCUUAUUAGGUAGGCAUCAUUCAUUAAUUUUUCCAUGGAAGAGUAAGGAUAUUAAAAUGUAAGAUGAUAAUGAAAAUCUGAUUGGAGAGGCUCUUUAUGGCUGACUUUUAACAUUGUUCAUGUGAUGCAUGAAUUAUGUGUUUAGAGUAAUAUUCUGCAUUAUAGUGAGAGGAAAACUUUGAGUUUUAGUAGUAAAUUGUUUUACCAAUUGUACUUUUAUGUAAUAAAAUGUAGGGAAUUUUAAAAUUCUUUUAUAAGACUGUGAUAGCUUUUAAAUUAAACGAAAUACUUUUAAACUUUUUAAGACGUGCAUUUAGUAAAGUGUUAUGUCACCAACUUUAACGUAUCCCACUGUAUUAAAGAUGUAGAUAAAAGAUGGUAACAUAGUAGAAUGACCUCUCUAGCAAUCUCUUUUGCCUGUGGCAUUAAACUGAAAAGUUUAAGAGUAUUGUUUCAAUGGGUAAAAUGUACAUUUGUUUAACGUUUUAAAUUUUUGUAGGAACAUAAUAUUGUUUACCUAUUUAUGGCAUAUAUAGAAUAUUUUCAUACAGGCAUACAAUUUGUAAUCACAUCAGAGUAAAUGAGGUAUUCAUUACCUAAUGCAUUUUUUUUGUAUUACAGACAAUCCAUUUAAACAUUUUUAGUUAUCUAAAAAUGUACAAGUAAAUUAUUACUUGCUACAGAGGUUUUUUAUGGUCUUGAUAAUAAUUACAUAGUAGUAUAAUAAGAAAUCUCACAUUUCUAAGUCCUGAAUGAAUAUUUUAAAAAAUUUGUCAUAUAUAUUUUGAACAAGUGGCCUCUCUGCCUGUAAACUCAUACAGACUGUUAGUUUUUACUUACAUGAUGCUAAAUAUACAAAUAUAUUACUCUUAAGAUAAACAUUAGGUGUAAGAAAAUUGUGGGGCAAGUAAUUGUGUGUGAGUGUACCUAUUUUCAGAAGACAAGCAAUAUUGGAACAAAAUAUCACUUUAAUAAAGUGGACAAAUCAUUCACUAGAAAACCAGAAACCUCAGUGAUUUUGAAUAAUAUCUGUAUUCUCUGCAUUUUAUUUAAUUAAUUACUGUGAAGUCUUACGGACUGUGUUUCCAAAUCUUUCCAUGCAAAUUCUUUCUUUAAUUUGCCUGGUACUCAUGGUAGACUGAUAUUUUUUUUCAUAUUUUUUGUGUUUAUAAUUUAUUAAGUAUUCAUUAUGUGAGUUGCUCAGGUAUUCUAAGAAUUUUUAUAAAAUUUAGUAAUGCAUGCAAAAUAAUUUUUCAAUGUUAUUUCACAAUGAGUGUAUUAACUUAUAUUUCUUUUGUUGCUUUCUUUUUUCUUUUUUUUUUUUUUUGAGAUGGUGUCUUGCUCUGUCACCCAGGCUAGAGUGCAGUGGUGGGAUCUCAGCUCACUACAACCUCCACCUGCUGGGUUCAAGCAAUUCUCUUGCCUCAGCCUCCUAAGUAGCUGGGACUACAGGCAUGUGCCACCAUGCCCAGCUAAUGUUUUUGUAUUUUUAGUAGAGACUGUGUUUCACUAUACUGGCCAGAGUGGCCUUGAACUCCUGACCUCGUGGUCCACACACCUCGGCCUCCCAAGGUGCUGGGAUUACAGGCAUGAGCCACUGCAUCUGACCAACUUAUAUUUCAUUUAGUUAGAACAUUCCAUUUUGUUAUUUUAAUUGGAGAAACCUGUGUAAGCUAAGUUUCCUUAUUGUUCCUUUUACUCUUUAUAAUUGACAUAGGUGAAUUUAUUCAUUCAGCCAAUUUGUUUAGGUAAAUACUAGGGAGGCUUCAUAAGUCACAAAGAUAUUUUGAUAUGUAAAUGUAGCAAACACAAUGCUUGCUGUAAUAGAGGCACCAUUAUUGGCCAUAAAUAUUUCUGCUGGAGUUAGUUUGUAGCUCCAAGUAAAGAUAAAGAAAUAUGCAUGGUGAAGAAAUAAAAUCGAUUCUGUAUGUGGAGAGGACAUUGUUGUUAUGCUGCAAAACUGACUCUUUCUGAAUUUAAAGAGACAUUCUUCUUAUUUUCUGAUUAUCUUUAGUUUUGUUUUUGUGUCUACUUAUGUUUAUCCCAACUGUGUAUGCAUCACAGCCCUCCUUUUUCUUCUUUGUGUUAUGGCAACAUUUUUAUUGCUGUUUGUUUUGUGCCAUGUCAUUUCACACAGUACUUUGUAGGUUCUGAUGAGAAGUUUGUCAAUGUAACUUUCAGAUCCGUUAAUUGAGAUAAAAGGCAUCCGGUGUUCACAGGUGAGAGGAAUAAAUCAGUCAGAAUUUCUUGUCUUUGUAAAACCAAACUUUUAUUAAAUUUUAACACAGUCUGUGUGUGGUGGCUCACGCCUGUAAUCCCAGCACUUUGGGAGGCUGAGGUGGGAGAAUCACUAAGUCAAGAGAUUGAGACCUUCCUGGCCAAUAUGGUGAAACCCCAUCUCUACUAAAAAUACAAAAAUUAGCUGGACAUGGUGGCAUGCACCUGUUGACCUAGCCAUUCAGGAGGCUGAGGCAGGAGAAUCGCUUGAACCCAGGAGGCAGAGGCUGCAGUGAGCUGAGAUCGUGCCACUGCAUUCCAGCCUGAUGACAGAGUGAGACUUCAUCUCAAAAAAAAAAAAAAUUAACAAUAUGUGGAAAAUAUAAAAUUAGUUAGAAGAUACGUCUUAGAAAUUAAACUUUUAGAAGAGUUAAUGGUAAGUGGAGAAUGUUAAAUUUUUUAUUACAUACUUACAGCUCAACUUAAGUUUUCAUUCAGAAUCUUUUAUUUUGGUGUGAAUGUUAAAUAUUCAAAAAUAAUAGAAUGACACCUGUGGAUUUCACAUGUGAAAUAAUCUUUUCCAUAUUAACGUUAAAAUCUUGAGGAAUUUCUCACACUUGUA